CACGAUUAUUGUUUUUACUUGCAUAUUCCAUAUAUUUUAGAUGAUGAGGAGGAAAAAACAUAUCUUGCAGUGAAGUACUAUAUCAGCGUUCAACUGAACUGUCAAUUGCCACAACUUGUUGAGAAGAUGUACAUAUAUGCUGCCAAACUAGGUUUUGCUCUGAUUAUCGAUACUAACUUUAUAAGGGCAGCUGGACAGCACAUAUGACACUUCCAAACACUGAAGGAUACAAUAUUUGUAUUAUAAACAAAUUGUGACAUGGCCAGGAUUCAAUGGAAAGUCCAUGAACUUCCAUGGAGACUCAAAAAUUCAAUGGGCAGUUUCUUUUCAUGGAUCAAGCUUCUCCGUGUAACAUUGUAUUACAAUCACUUUACAAAUGUUUCAGUAGCUAUGGAAACAUGUCUGGAACCAAUUUUCUGGUUUGUGGAUAAAUUUGCAAAGUAUUUAGGACCAAUUUUUAUGACGAUGGUGAUAUUCCUUACGACAUCUGUGGUGGUGAUAUUCUAUACAUGUUUGCUCCCUCAUGUGUACGCACAGAGUACAAGUCGUACAGUCUUUCACUUGGUGUUUGGCCACUGGCUGCUUAUCAAUAUUGUCUUUAACUACAUCAUGGCUGCUUUCACAAAUCCUGGAACACCCCCAAUGGAAAUUCCUGAAACUGUCUCUAUAUGCAGGAAAUGCAUAGGUCCCAAACCUCCACGGACACAUCACUGUAGCGUUUGUGACAGGUGCAUACUUAAGAUGGAUCAUCAUUGUCCCUGGCUAAACAACUGCGUUGGAUUCUACACCCAUCGUUUCUUCUUUCUGUUUUGCUGUUACAUGUUCUGUGGAUCGCUGUAUGUCUGUUUCACAGGAUAUGAUGUAUUUACUGAACAUUUCUAUGGUAAAACUCCCUAUCCAUUUCCAGCUGUCCUGUACCCAUUAAAUCUUGUCUAUGAUGUUGUGAACAAAACAUUAUCAACAGCUCCAACAGUUCACAAUAACUACAAUUUAGAGGUAACCCAUGAACACCAAAGCUACCACUUGGCUGUCAUAUUUGAAUUCCUAGUGUGUUCUGCUGUUGCCAUAGCAAUCCUCGGACUUAUCGUGUGGCAUUUUCGGAUGAUAAGUCGCGGAGAAACCAACAUAGAGAUGCACAUCAACAAGAAAGAAAGAGAGCGACUCAGAAAGAAAGGAAUUGCUUUUAGAAAUCCAUAUGAUUUUGGUUUUAUCGAAAACUGGAGGAUAUUUUUUGGAAUCGAAAAUGGAACUGGAAGAUCCUUUGUGAGACAUAUACUGUUUCCCUCUGUUCACCAACCCACGGGAGAUGGUCUGACGUGGCCACAUGAGAUUUACCAGGGCGAUCACAUGCUACAACUUUUAUGACAUAAACUUGACUGAGGGUUUGUUUUAGUUAGGUUAGCACAGUAGUGUAGUAAUCAUCAUUCUAUGGUUUUAAUGUUAGAGAUUAGGUUUCCUGAAUAAUUUCAGAGUUGAAGUUUGAAAGUUAC